GCGGGCGGGCGAGGACGCCGCCGCCGGGAUGGUGCUGGAGAGCGUGGCGCGCAUCGUGAAGGUGCAGCUCCCCGCCUAUCUUAAGCGGCUCCCAGUGCCCGAGAGCAUUACCGGGUUCGCCCGGCUCACAGUUUCAGAAUGGCUCCGGCUGCUGCCUUUCCUCGGGGUGCUCGCGCUGCUGGGCUACCUUGCAGUCCGUCCGUUCCUCCCGAAGAAGAAACAGCAGAAGGAUAGCUUGAUCAACAUUAAAAUACAGAAGGAAAACCCCAAAGUGGUGAAUGAAAUAAAUAUCGAAGACUUGUGUCUGACCAAAGCGGCGUACUGCAGGUGCUGGCGCUCCAAGACGUUUCCUGCCUGUGAUGGGUCACAUAACAAACACAAUGAAUUGACAGGAGAUAAUGUGGGUCCACUAAUAUUGAAGAAGAAAGAAGUAUAACAGUGAUGAGUUAGGAUUGAAUUCAAUUGUGCGCCGUAAACUCCUACAAUAUUUUUUCCUUUUUUGUGUAUUGAAGAUCUUUAAUGUGGUAGUUUUAAUUAUUGCUACUGGUUGAUAAUUAUUUCUGCCAAUUAAUUUUUGUGCUAUAGUAUGGUUUAUAUUUGCUACUUUGUAUAUUGUCAUUUAUAUAGAAAUUAAAUCAUGCAGCCCUUGUAUUCUGACUUGAAAGAAUUCAUGUAUACCUUCCUAUAAUAAAACCAAUACUUGUAAUUUUAAUUAAUUGAGAAAAACCUAAGUUUUUGACAAUGGAUCUACGGCUAUUCCUUUGAAUAUCAGUAUUUUCAACAGAAUCUAUACUUUAAAAUGUUCUCCCUUUGCUAUUAAAUAAAUUAUUUUUCAGAUUUCUUCUGUUUCAAUCACUUGAAGUGUUUUUUUCCCCCUUUCUGGCCUCCCACACUCUGCUCUUUUUGGAUCAGUAAGAAAAACAUUGCUCUCAAGAAUGACUUGAGUCUUUAAAGAUGAACUUUAUGCUUUGUGUAGAUUGAUAUCUAAUGUGAAUUUCUCAAUUUCAGACAAGAUGUGAACUGGAUAUAAAAGUUCCAGUAAGAAACCGUUAUUUAUAUUAGAAAAGACUUGUUUUCUUCCUAUGAGACUUGUUUGUGUCUGUGCGGUGUGUACAUUCAUCUGUCUGACUCAUAACAGCUGGAGGGGCGGCAAGAGCAUGCCCACUUCAACUCCUGAAGGUCAACCAGAAUAAAGCAUAUCUAAAUUCGUGUUAAAACAGUGAGCUCAGCGUUCAAAACUGUGUUUUAUGAACGUUGUUAUCUUUAUGGCAGUAAACCAAUGAAGCCUAAAAUACCUUUGCAAAAUAGAUUUUUUGAAGAGUCUUCAAAACCUUUGUAUAAUUUUUGGCCUGACAGCCUGUCCGUCUCAUAUGAACAGCUGUCCUCUCUCCUGUCCAGAGGCACUUCCUCUGCCGCCUGGCCUGGAGGAGGACACAGCAGACAGAUGCUUCCCCCCAGAAGCCCUCAGCGCCUCAGCUACAUGCCCCAGCUCUGCCCUGAGCACGGUGCCUGCGAGUCUGACUGUUACAUGUGAUGUCAAGAACUGCUGUUGUGUGAACCUGACUUUCUUGUGACGAACAGCAGGAAUUUUAAAGUUAGAAUUUGAAACAUACUUGUGGUUUCUUUGAGAAGUUUUACAUGGUUCACAUCCAAAACUGUUGCCUCUUCUCGUCCAUGAGUAGGGAGAUUGGUGUGUGUUGCUCUGGCUUUGCUUCUGGGUGUUUUUUCCUAAGACCUUUUCAAUACCCUUAAAGGACUUCACUGUCAGGAAUAACAACUUCUUUUUCCAUGGCUGAUCUCAAGACUUUGGGAAAAAUCCUCCUUACCAAAAGUGGAUAUCCUGUCCUGCACCAGGAAAUACUUUUCUUUUAAAAUCAUUCACUACAGCUCACAACAUGUUUUUAAUCAUAUGCUGGUGCUUCCCAUUCUUAAGUUACACAAGAGAAAGUAAAAUUUCUCCUUCAAACUAAAACAAAAUUAUCAACUUUAAAUUUUGCCAAGUGAGAAUAUUGUAAAAACUGAAAACUUUAUCAAAGAUUAUAAAUACCCCAAAAGUAAGGAUUAUACAUUCAGAAUAGUUUUUCCACCCUGCAUUUUCAAUUGUUAAAAUAUGUUGAACAGCUGUGCACAGUAUUUUUCCACCUGUGCAAAUUUUUCACAAGGGGUAGUAUCAGUUGCUGUCAUUUCUCUGUAAAUUCAGAAUUUACAUGUCUGCCUUAAAUAACUGCAUCUGUAUUGAUAUAAGAUACGUUAGCUCUUUAAAUACAUAUUUGGGGUUUCUAGAAGCUUCUGGAAAUAGCCCUCGUGUUUCCAUGACCUGUUGUGAAGAAUUGGUUCCCCUUUCCCAGGAAACUAGUCACUGCCUCAGCAAGUAAGCUUUAUGAAAAAAGAGGCAUCCAAACUGUUGCGCAAGCUUGAGGUAUUAAUGAUUCAUUCAUGUGGGUAGUUAUGCAAUUUGUACUGUGAAAAAAGCCCAUUACAAUUAAACUUUGAAUUCAAUGUCUCAUCUGAAGAUUCAUUAAAACUACUCUUGUGUUUUGUAACCUAAUCUGUUAAUGAAUUUAUAGGAAGCUAAUUAUACCAACUGCUUAUCUCUAUGUUCAACUUUGCUGCAAUCCCAGUCUCUUCUCCCCAAAGACAGGGUCUUUUCUCCAGUUUAACAAGGUUCUUAAAUCAUGGGGGGUAUUUUAUUUACUACUUACCAGACAUCUCACUGUCCUGCACCCUCUCGGACCCAGAUGUAGACCAUCAGGUAAGUCACCAUUGCUCACCAGCCUGACAGAGGAGCUGUACGUGGUAUCCCUCUGUGGGGCUAAGCGUUCUCAUGUCGCACCUGAUUCUAACCAGGUAGGCCAUCUGAUUUCUGCUUCUGAACAAGGUGCAAGAAUUGAAAGGGUCCUGCAGAGGCAGGUAAACAAUAAAGUCUGACAGCUGACAGCAGGAGAGGGAACCAAAAACUAAACUGAAUGUGUUACAAGCAGAGCCCCCAAAAUCCUACCCACCACUGUGGACGAAAUCAUACUGGGGUGGUUUAGUUUAAAUCAAGGUAAGAUAUACAGGACAUUUAAGAAGGCCAGAUAGCUGUUGCAUUUGGGGACACCAAUUUCCACUUCAAGUAGUUAAAAGCUUGGUACUUAAAAUGGGUUAUCCAGGUGUAAAAUUUGUACAGAAAAUACCCUGACACAUUCCUUGAUAUUUGGAGGCUUUUCCAUUAAUAGAAAAUUUU